GCUCCUCCCCCUCCACCCGCUCUGCCCCUCCUGGGCCGUGUGGGCCGGGCAGCCAUUUUGGGAAGAGCUUUGUUAUGGUUGUGGACUCUACACCUCUGCCGGAUCAGGAAGCUGGGGACGCGCCCUCAGACGCCGCGACUGGUCCCUAGCUCUAGCCCCGCCGCUGCCCGUGAUAGAUUCUCGUGGCCUUUAAAAUGAUUGAAUAACGAUGGACAUGGAUGCAAAGUGACUUCUCUACUGAAGCAGAAGAUUCUUAUUACCUUCCAUUAACUCAGUUUAGUCUUCAAGAAGGGGCAGAACGACUGAAAUACAGAAAACUGAAGAGAAGAAAACCUCACUUUGGAACUUUUUCCAUGACUGUUCCUUAAGCCCUAUCUUUCUACUUGUUUUAAUUUUGCUGUGAAUUUAUAAAUAGUGAAGACCAAAGAAAUAGAAGAAACAUUUGAGAGCUUUAUACCAAGAAAUUUGCCUUGAGAGCUGCUAUUCUUCGGAGGGAAAAGCAUAUCAAGUUCCUGUCUGAUUUUUUUUGUUGUUUUUAAACAGGUUUCUUAUGUCCUUAGAUUUUGAAGGAUAAGUCAAAUAUAAAUACAUACCUGCACACUAUUUUUAGCAGCUGUGUAAGAAUAAAGAGAUUUGUAAAUUAAGGGCUUUGUAAUGUGGAUGUUUUGCUACUAGAGUUGACUACUCAGAAGAUCUUUUAGAGCUCUUCAGUGUUUUAUUUUUGAUCUAUCACUUCAAUGACAUUAUUUGCCCAAACAAAAGUCCAUCUGUCUUUCUAAGCUAUGACCUUUUUGUGAACAGUGUUUGAAUUCAAUGUGCAAAUGUCCAUGUAUUAUCUAUUUAAGCAACAUCAUAGGGCCAUCACUCAAGGAAGUUGAAUGAGGUGAACAUUGAUAUAGCUCUUUCCCCUUCCCCCUAUUUUUUAAAUGUAACAAAUACUUUUUAUGUUCCCCUCCCCCUUCCCCUUUCCCCUUUCCCCUUUUGGAAAAGUGUCAGGAUCUAGAUAGUUUAAGAUGAGCAAUUGAGGGGACUGAGAAAUUGAUCCACACAGAGCCUGGCUGCUUUGUGCUUCAUCAUAAGGUGUGCUGCUGCCCAGCCUAAUUUUAAGUACCCUUUUAACAAGAGAACCUCGUGGAAAUCCAGCCGGCAGACUCAAGGAGUUCAGGAAACAGGACCACAGAGGUUACGCUCUGGGAUCCUGGCCAUGAGGUUGGAUGCCUCACCUUGUUGAAAAGAGACACUGGACCUAAAUGGCGCAGCAUGACUUUGUUCCUGCUUGGCUAAAUUUCUCAACACCACAGUCAGCUAAGUCACCUACAGCCACCUUUGAAAAACACGGAGAGCACCUACCCCGAGGAGAUGGUAGAUUUGGAGUAAGCCGUCGUCGACAUAAUUCCUCUGAUGGCUUUUUUAACAAUGGACCUCUACGAACGACAGGAGAUUCCUGGCACCAGCCCUCCCUGUUUCGGCACGAUUCUGUGGACUCUGGUGUCUCUAAGGGAGCAUAUGCUGGAAUCACAGGGAACCUAUCUGGUUGGCACGGCUCUUCCCGAGGUCACGAUGGCAUGAGCCAGCGUAGUGGGGCUGGCACAGGGAACCAUCGCCACUGGAAUGGCAGCUUCCACUCCCGGAAAGGCUGUGCCUUUCAGGAAAAGCCACCUACAGAGAUUAGGGAAGAGAAGAAAGAUGAUAAGGUAGAAAAGUUGCAGUUUGAAGAAGACGACUUUCCUUCUUUGAAUCCAGAAGCUGGCAAACAGAAUCAGCCAUGCAGACCUAUUGGGACCCCUUCUGGAGUGUGGGAAAACCCACCUAGUGCCAAGCAGCCCUCCAAAAUGCUAGUCAUCAAAAAAGUUUCCAAAGAAGAUCCUGCUGCUGCCUUCUCUGCUGCAUUCACCUCACCAGGAUCUCACCAUGCAAACGGAAACAAAUUGUCAGCCAUGGUUCCAAGUGUCUAUAAGAACCUGGUUCCUAAGCCUGUACCACCUCCAUCCAAGCCCAGUGCGUGGAAAGCUAACAGAAUGGAACACAAAUCAGGAUCCCUUUCCUCUAGCCGGGAGUCUGCUUUUACCAGUCCAAUCUCUGUUACCAAAUCAGUAGUACUGGCUGGUGGUAUAGUUUUAAGCUCUCCCAAAGAGAGCCCCGCCAGCACCACUCCUCCAAUUGAGAUCAGCUCCUCUCGUCUGACCAAGUUGACCCGCCGAACUACUGACAGGAAGAGCGAGUUCUUGAAGACUCUGAAGGAUGACCGGAAUGGAGAUUUCUCAGAGAGCAGAGACUGUGAGAAGCUGGAGGAUUCAGAGGACAACAGCACACCUGAACCAAAAGAAAAUGGAGAGGAAGGCUGUCAUCAGAAUGGUCUUGCUCUCCCCGUAGAAGAUGAAGGGGAGGUCCUCUCUCACUCUUUGGAAGCAGAGCACAGGUUAUUGAAAGCAAUGGGAUGGCAGGAGUAUCCUGAAAAUGAUGAGAAUUGCCUUCCCCUCACAGAGGAUGAGCUCAAAGAGUUCCACAUGAAGACAGAGGAGCUGAGAAGAAAUGGCUUUGGGAAGAAUGGCUUCUUGCAGAGCCGAAGUUCUAGCCUAUUCUCCCCUUGGAGAAACACUUGUAAAGCAGAGUUUGAGGACUCAGAAACGGAAACAAGUAGCAGUGAAACAUCUGAUGACGAUGCCUGGAAGUAGGCAUAUAAAUGCUUACUGUUAAAUCUGACCCAGUAAACUCGGCUUGUGUGUUUAGGGGUUAUACAGAAGAAAUCGUUCUUUUCCUUUUCUUAUGUUGUUGUUGAAUACUUCAUGCACAAGGGAAAUAAUCAUAUCCCAAAGAGAGAGAGAGCGAUUGGCUUGUUUAGCUUUUGUUGUUGUUCUUCCCUGUUAUCUGCUUAAUAGAACUUCGUGUGGUGGGAAAGAUUUUUAAAACACACAAACAUACACACAGUAUAUUUGGGGCAAUGCUCAGGUGGGAGCUGGCAGGGCAGAGAGGAGGAGACACUGGUCUGCAGCAGUAGCUUCUACUACCAGCCCUUGGGGCACUCACCCCUGUGCUCAAGCAAUCAUUGUCAAUGACAAAGUGACUAUUGAAUUUAUAAUUGUAUUAAAUUAAUGCUAAUAAUUUGGAUAUUUUAUUUUAUUUCUGGCUGCUCGGGUAACAUUAGCCCUUAACCCAGCAUAUAUGGUUCUUUCCCUUUUUUUUUUUUUUUCUUUCUGGGUACAGCUGUAAAAUAUUUGGAUAUAGGAAAUGUGUUAUUCUUGCAGCCUUGAUAUUCAGGGUGGAUUGUAAAAUAUACAUUUUUGUGAGAUUUCAAAGAUUAAGAUUAUUUUGAUAACAUUAUUUACAGAUUUAAAAGAUGUGGUUAUCACAAGUCUGUUGAGGGGGAAAACUACUGCAUAAAAUAACUAACUUGGAAUAAAUAUUUUGCAUCAGUUUGGAUUGUCUUGUGUAAGAAGUAUAUUUUCUUUAAAAUUAGAUGAGUGGAUUCUUUUUUAGGGGAAAUACUACUUUUAGAGGUCUGAGGGAAAUCUGAAUUCAGACACACCUGUUUCUCCUUUUAGCAGAUAUGUUUUUGAUGCAGAAAAACCUGUGCAAUAAACUACCAGUAAUAAAAUCAGAAACCCAAGUUUCCUUUCUGAAACUG